CAUUUCCUGGGCGGCGGCGGCGGCGGCGGGGAAGGGCAGUCGCUGGCGGUAGUGGCCGUGGGUCGUUGCCUGGUGAGGUGAGUGCGAGGUUAGGCAGGCUUUGACGGGCUUCGGACUGAUCCCCGAGUGUCCCUUCGUGGGCUGCGGCUUCUCUGGCCCGGCCUCGCCUUCCCGACAGCGGCUCCGUCAACUGGGAAACCAUAGGGAGACCCCCAAGAGCUUUGACACAGAGCAAGAAGAAGCCAUGGUGUGCAUUCCUUGUAUUGUCAUUCCAGUUCUCCUCUGGGUCUACAAAAAGUUCCUUGAACCUUAUAUUUACCCUGUGAUUGCCCCUUUCAUUAAGCGUGUCUGGCCCAAGAAAGCUGUGGAAGAAACAACAGCCAUGAAACAAGGUCAAGGAGGCAGCGCUGGAGAUCCACAGAUACUUCCAACCAGGAAAAGAUAUCAGGAGAGUGAACCUGAAAUUUACACAUUUGAAAGCAAUGGUGUUGCAAAUGGAGUUGCUGCAAAGACAUCCACAGACACUUCUGAGAAGAAAUCGGAUUAAAGGAGCACGUUUGGCAGGAUUUUAUUCCCUUGUGUCCAAAAGGAACUGGUGAUGUUGCUGUGACUUCCAAGACCUUCUUUCUUUGCACGUUUUAGCUGACUAAAACCCCUUAUUGCUGACAGAAGAGGGCCUAUGUUGCCACUAAGAUGGCAGCCAGCACAUUUCUUAAUUUAAAAUGUCUGAAAACUGCAGUUUUUGUGUUUUCUUUCCCUCAUCUCUCAUCUGUUUGGUGUGACUAGUGUAUAGGUUAAGUAAUUUAAGAAAUAAACCUAGCUGUGGAAGGUAAAUGUUAUCUUAGUUUCACUAACUGCUAGUGCAGUACUUGAGGCUUUCAGCUCCAAAACUACAGCUGUGCCUGACCUUGCUGAAGAGCUUUGAAUGGCAUUGUGGCAACCUAAGUGUAAAACCUUGAAGACUUCAGCUUUUUUGGUGUCAAAUCUGUGAGUGAGCUAAAGGAGAUAAAGCUACAUGCAGAACUUACUUAACUUCCUCCAAACAAAAUGUCUUGAUUUGGUAAUUCCAUUAAUUAUGUUCCUUCAGACAUUGUGCCUUUCAUUCCUGAAGUGGAGCAGCUGGGGGCAUGAUGUGAGAGGUUAAUGAGCGAUGAUUCACUGUUGCUUUCUGUACUGUUUGGUGGUUUCAAAUGUCUUCUGAAGAGAAAAAAAGUCCAACUAAAGUCUCUUUAAUGUGCUUAUGGAAUUUGAACUGUAAAUAAAACCCCUGCUUUAUUAUAAAAAA